GCAAGAUCUAACUUGGUUGAACACAGAAACACAACUCAAUUCCCAGUAUGCACUCAAUCCCCACAGCUGACACUACACCGUAUCUAACUAUCAUGUGUCUGAAGCCAUGCAGUUCUCCGGCUUCUCUGGCGCACUUGGCGCAAUGUCACUCCUGUUUAGCAUCGCUGAGGCAGGGUGCACUGAAGUUGGCUCCGGCGAUGGAAACAACCCACUAAGAUGCACAUCAUACUCCAUCCCGAGAGACAUCGGCACUAGCGUCACCGUCGGCUUGCAAACCCUCUCGAUCGGCAGGACGAAUCCAACCCAAAAGACUUACGAGAAGGAGUUUUUCUUCUACGAUAUGAAGAACGAGGUCAACUACCAGGUGAACUUUGCUGUGCAGUUUUGGAACCCAACGACCAACAAGAACGCAUGGAAAACAUACAGCUUGGCAGCAGGAGAGAAGUGCAACAUCAGCUUUCAAUCAACUUUACAGAAUGUCAAGCUCACUUGCUAA